AUGCCUGUAGACACCACUCCCAAAUUCCGCGCUAUACGCGCGCGCGAUCGCGACCCGACCGAGGCUAAGGCCAAAGCCGCCACUCGCGUAAAGCCAGGCCCGAAGCCAAAGGAAGCGCAUCCCUCUUCUGCUGUUCUGGGCCAAGAGGGACGGAAAAAUUUGACAAACUGGGACUGGCUCCAGGUCAUUCAAUAUCACGACAAGGAUUCCGGCAUUAAACAGAAGGCUGUCGUCGAGUAUUUUGCCUCGAGGUCUAAUGCUGAGGGCGGGAAACUGUCGUUCACGCAGGGCGCGCUUUCGAAGCACCUGAAUCCGGUCAAGAAGGCCGCUCUCCUGGCCCUUGCUGCUGAAAACUCCACGGCACUGUCUCUCAAGCGCGAGCGAGUCGUUACGGCACCCGAAGUUGAUCGGGGUCUUGGUCUAUGGGUGCUCAACAUGGAACAGAAGAAUCGCGCGGUUACAGGCGCGAUGUUGAUCGAGCAACGCAAGAGACUUGAAGUGGCGCUCAAUGUUCCUGAAGAACGACGCUUGCGAGGAACGGGAUGGGUUGAUUCAUUCAAGAAAGCUCAUGGCCUAUCAGAACGACGAUGGCACGGCGAAGCCGGAUCUGUUAACCUUGAAGCUGUCGAGGUUGAACGCAAACGCUUGCCAUGCGACGCUGGGAUCAUCCGGUGCCUUAAGGCUCAUUAUUGCCGUGCCUUGGCUAUCCGUGCGCUUGAUCUCUACCAGGCGAAUGAUCCGCAGCCAUUCAAGAUUGACAUUCUCAGCGGCAUGCAAAUGCUUGAGAGCGUGUGGAACAAUGUCACUCCCACAACCAUUGCCAAUUGCUGGAUCCACACGAAAAUCACUCCCAAGGAAACAGAUGAAUGGGAAGACAUCUUUGUUGAUCCCAAUGCGCCUGACAGCUCCGAUUCUGAGUGCGACGAGCCCUCAGCGGAGCAGACAGCAUCGGCGGAGAAGACUCCAACAUCAGCGGAGGCGACCAAAGCUGCUUGGGAUGUGAUGUUGGCAUUCGCGACAACAGACAUGUCUUUGCCCCAGGCAGAGGAGCAGCUUCAACGCGUGCUGGGCCCGGCAUAUUAUCCGAAGGAUUGGCAGGCUGCGCUCGAGGCUGUCAUGGCGUGUGAGGGAGACGCAGUCGAGGCCGAGCUCGCUGUCCGGGAUUUGAUUGCUGCCACGCAACCUUCCGAAUCCCGGACAGAUGUUCCCCAGCGUCGUUAUCCCAUUGAUCGAAAUCUCCGCGAGGCUGAGGACGCUCUUUACGAAACAAUCAAGACACUUGCAGAGGAACGUUGUAUCCGAGGGAUUCUUCCCAGCCUCGAUGAGAUUCUCAAUUCACCAAUUGAACGCCAGGAACCCGGAUCCGGUAUUCUGGGGUUUUCCGAUGGCGACAACACCAACGAGAUCAUUCAGCACAUGCAGAGGGUUGAUCAAGAGGAGCGCGAGGCUGCAGCUGAGGAGGAAGAGGAACCCGAGUUCUCAUUCGACAAGAAGGAAGCGAUUGCAGCAGUUGACCUGCUGGAGAAGAUUGCACGACAUCGCCCUGAUCUCGAUUCGACACUGUCCCUUGGCCCUCAGCUUCGCAAAAUGCGAGUUGGAAUCACAAAAGAGAUUGAGCAGGGUAAGAAACAGGUGGAAUUGACUCAGUUCUUCAAGUAG